UUUCCUUUUUCAGCCAAACAUCUUCUAGCGCCUUAUACUGUCGAGCUACGCGACCUCUUUUGGCCAGAUUUAGCCAGACUUAGCCGUAUGCAUGCAUAGACAGCACCAUCAACUCUUCUUUCUACUGGAUCUACUCUACAAACUAGCCACUAUUCGACUUGGUCUGACGAAUUAGCGAUGUUUCUUUUCGGUUGCGUCGGCGUAUAUCUGGUUCUCCUUUGUCGUGCAUCGGGCCUGGGAAUGGCUUUCUACGAGCAUUCAAGACACUUGCAUCUACACAGGCACAACAGGACAGAGUGUGUUUGUCGAGCGAUCGACAGGAACCUUCCAUUCUUAUUUUGUAUUCGGGGUUGCGUUUCUACGUUUCUCGUCUUGCGUGGGAUUCUAUUGCAUUUGAUUGUGGACGUGACUGAGCGACGGCGGCCAUCCUCUUACGACUAUUAUGAUACGAUGUAUAUGACUCUUUGUUAUCAUCUUGAUGUUUCUGCUUAUCUGGUUUUUGAUCUGGACAGCCGGGCUGCCAUUGCAGGUGGUCAUUCGAGCGUUUUCUCUGCCUUUCUGCUGCAGGCACCUUUCCAACUGGAAGUGGCCUGAUUUUCUUCUUUCAUAUACUCUCAUGACCCGGUCAUUCCACCUGGUCCUGAUAUUGUACAUGGAAGAUUGCAUGACUGGCGUUGAUGCACUUUCUUUUCUUGGGCUCGUUGUUCGUGCCUGACCACUCUUUUCUGACGAAUUUACUUUGUUGGACAUGAAAAUUAUACGAUGUCAUGUUAUGUAUAUAUUAAUGUUACGGGCAGAA